CCAAACCUUGUGAUCAGUAAUUGCAGGCCUAUGUUGCUUCUAAAUCUCAACAAAACUGAUGUUUUACACAGACUUUUAGUGCAUUAUCCAAGUGUUUGAAGCAUUGUCCAAAUUACAUGUCCUUUUUGGAGCACUUUUUGCAUAAAGUUUCAUUGACAUUUUGUAAAGCUUGCUUUUCUCCAACAACUCAUGCAUUGAGCUUUGUUAUUGUUUCCUCUGAUCACACUCCAUCCUAAAGUUUAGAAGCAACCUCCUAAACUCAGAGAAAGCUUCCCACAUUGCCUCCUUGUUCACUCCAUCUCAUCUUGGAACCAUGAUGCUUUUGAACCACUUUUGUAACUUUGGAGACAAACCAGCAUUGAGAUGCAACUAGAGUCAAUUCCAUCAACUUCUGAAGACACAUUGGAACCUCUAUAAAAGCCCCUCAAGCCUCAGAACAAACAUCAACAAAAUCCACUCAAAAACUCCAUUACUACACUUUCAAAAAUCCUAAUUUCGAAACUUGCAUUUCCUCAAAGUUUCUUCCAAUUUUUCCAUUGAAUCAUCAUCCAUACACCAUAAAUAAACUUCUGUAUGCAUUUAUCAUCAACUGUAAAACCUCCAUUACCAUCUCCCAAAGCCCAUUUUUUGUCACUUUCAACUUGAAUUGGGUAGAACAUUUCAGAAGGUUUAAAGGAAAAGUAACUAUACCAUUACACUCCUGGGGACUCAAGGAAGCUAAAGGUAUCAUUUUCUCAUCUCGAAACAUCAUUUGAAGGGGCAUUGGACCUUGCUCCAAUAGAUGAGUUGUGUCGCAAAGUACAGAACCAAGCUCGUCAAGAUGGACCUAACACUAGAGCAUAAGAUCCACGAGAUUCGUGAAGAGGUGACUACUCUCCGAGCAGCAAUGGAUAGACUAACUGCCAUGGUAAAGAGCUUGAUGGCCGCUCGGAAUCAGUCACCAACUCCUCCAUCUCCACGGAGUGGUGCAACUGAAGGUUUGAGAAGCAUUCUGACUUUGCUAGAGAAUAAGUUCCGUGAAGGUUUAGGUUACUCUUCUACAUAUGCAAGUGUUGUUACACAAGACACGGUCGUUCGGCCGAUUCAAGAAUUCUUUCGAAGCGCGUGUUUCAUCAAUCCUCCUCAACCCGGAGUUGAUGCUAUCCUUGAAGAUGAUCUUAAAGAGGAUUCACCCAACUUUGUGACGCAUGAGGAAGAUUAUGUAAACAUGGUAUAUGGAUGUCCCGGCAAGUACCGUAUCUUUGAUGCACAUUUAAUGAGAGGAGAUCUGGUACAAAUGCACACUACUUUGUUUAGGAUGGGUAAUUUAGAACGACAUAACUAUGGUUCUUGUCGAAUUUGUUGUAGAGACUCUCGAGGAUGCUCCGUGGUGAAGAGAGGCCUUCAAUACCUACUGGAUUCAAGGUUUUAUCCAAGUCACCAGAAAUAGGGAUGAUAAUGUGUGAUUAUGGUUGAAGUUUGUUCAGAUGAAUGUGUGGUCUCAGGUUAUUGCUGUUGCGAUGAGAUUCAUUCAA